AUGGGAAGAAAUUGUGGAAAUGAAGCAAAAUGGGAAUUGGCAUCAGAGAUUUGUGAUCUGUCUAAAGGUGUUCCUUGUUGUUCUCAUCGAUCUCUGUGUACUAUAGAUUCCGCAUUCAUAGACUGGUAUCUUCUUCUUGACGUGGAUGAGGGUGUUGGAGUAGAUGUGAUUAAGCAGCGAUAUCGUAAACUAGCAUUGCAGCUUCACCCUGAUAAGAACAAACAUCCCAAAGCUCACAUUGCAUUCAAGUUGCUUUCCCAGGCAUAUGUUUGCCUGACGGAUGAAGCAAGCAGAGAGGCUUUUGAAACAGACAGAAGAAACCACACAUGCCCAAAGUGCUCCAUAAAAUCAACUGAAGAAACACCUAGACAUACAAAUGUUGCACAAGUAGCCAAAACAUUUCCUCCUCCACAUAAGGCACGGACAGUUUCCAGAAGCAUUUCACGGCGUGUUAAAGAACUUAAAGCCAGAUUUACUGAAGAAGUUUCAGUAAUAAACACCUGCUUGAAGGCGAAGUCUUCACUAUCUACUUACUCAAUGAACCAACCUCAGACUUUCAGAAGAAGAAAUGAGACACCGAUCUUCAACCCAUCGAAUUAUGAGUUACAAGGUUAUCCUCAUCCUAGCAAUUAUAGGAAGUUGCUUCAUAGAUUUCAGGAAAGAAACACUGACAAACAUGUUUCUAGCUACCCAGUGUUUGAGCCCAGAUCAGAAAAAGAAGCCUAUGUACAUAGAACCAGCUCUAAGAAUAUGUUCUACAACUAACAGUUGUUAUGCUUCUAUUCUAUGAUGCACCUUUCAGGUUGUC